AUGAAAUAAAUUCUCAUUUUCGUAUUCAGUCUAUAUCAAGUUUUGUGUUAAGAUGAACUACUCGCUGUCUAGGCCAUUUGGAGACAUGGAGCAAGAAAUCCUUAUUAUUGCAACUACGAAUGCGAUCCAAAUGUAGCAAAAGGAGAUGGUGCAUUAUUAACACCAACUGGAAUGAGACAAUAAUAUGUAUUGGGAAAAUGGAUUAGAUAAAGAUACAUCACAGGUACUACUCCACUAUUAUCACCAAAUUUUAAUGAAAAUGAGAUCUACAUAGAAAGCUCUGAUGUCAAUAGGACUCUGUAAAGUGCCUACAGUAAUUUAUAAGGAAUGUAUCCAAAUGGACCAACUGUGCCUCAUUUCGUUGAUGAAAAUGUUUCAUUACUUUUACCACCCAAUAAAGGAUCUGUCACUCCUCCAGGUAUUGGAGAUGAUGCUUUACCCAAAAAAAUCUAAUUGAUACCGAUCCAUACCAAACAAAGAGAGAUGGACUACGCUGUUGCCAUAGCGUGUCCAAAAGGUGCUGAUAUGGUUGCUUAAAAUAAAAAAACAGCGCUAUAUAAAUAGGUGAAUGACGCUACUGCACAAUUAUACAAAGACUUUAAUGAAUAAUUAAAAUUAACUGGAGAUAAACAGGUAAAUGAUUUCGUUGUCCUUUCUAAUUACAGAGACACUUUCAUUUGUAAUAGAUACAACGGAGAAAAAAUGCCUGAGGAUUUGAAAACUGAAACAUUAAAAAAAAUUGAUGAUAUUUCCAAUUUAGCAUUUAGUCUUGAAAAAUUCUAAACACCAGAAUAAGUCAAACUUUUUUCAACUCCUUAUUUCAAAUAAGUUAUUGAUCAUUUUGAUAGCUUCUUGAAUGGAAGUUCCCAUUUUAAAUAUUAUGGUUCCUCAUCUCAUGAUUCAACUCUUUUGGCCUUAUUAUCUGGUCUUAAUUUGACUAGUGCUCAAUGUUAAGCUGAAAUUUAUCUCAACAAAAAUAUCACUUACAAAAAUUGCAUAACAUAAUAUGUUGAGUUUGCUUCCAAUAUCAUUUUUGAACUUUACAAUAAUAAAAUCACAGGACCAUAUGUUAAAGUAUUAUAUAACGGUGAAUAUAUGCCACUUUGUUCAGAUGAAGGUAAGACUUGCAAAUAUUCAACUUUACAUCAUCUUUUUAUGUCUCAAUAGGUUGAUUAUAAAAAGGAAUGUGGAAUAGCUGGAGAUAUGGAAAUCCCUAUUGAAGAGGAAACCCCUGGUUGGGCAAUUGCGUUUUUCAUAAUUGUUAUCCUAUUACUUCUUGGUGGUUUAGCCAUGGUCAUAAUUAUUAAAAGGAAAGUAGAAGAUGCAGAAUGA